CUUCGUCAUUUACCUACAAGCCUUGACGAUUGCAGGCAGGUACUAAAGUAUCUUUCAAAGACAAUUCAAAGGGAGACAAUUGCAGCGAGCAUAGAUGGAGGAUGUCGCUUGAAUAUUGUGCUGUUGUGUAUGAUGUAGCCUCACAAUGUGCGUUCUUUCAGAGGCCACCCCAUCUUCUGAUUGAAUAUUCAAGGAAAGUAUCGGGGGCAACGUUUAAUUUAAUGUCAGGUUGUUAAACAUUUUCUUUUUUUCAGCUGCAUGUGGUAAUAAAAUAUCCCUUUUGAACUACAUCGUCUGUCUCAAUGUCUUUGUUGAUCUUUCCCCAGAGAAAUUCUUCAUACUCCAAUGGCUAUGACGGUUUGAAAAUAGAAAGUUCCUAGUGUUAUUGGCGCAAUUGCAAAACAAUUGUAAAGCGCAGGCGCCAAGUUCAGAUGGUUUGCCAUCUCUUAUAUUUUCGAUGUAAACAUUGCCCGCCCAACCCAAAUGCAGCGCAAAUUAACGCAAAUUCGGCACAAGGACAUAAAUAGGGCCAGGAAAAAUCAAUAUCGAAUAGACAACAGCGGCGACAAGGGCCGGAAGUGCAUUCUUCUUUUUUUUUUUAUACAGAGAGCGUUGAAUAACUGAAGCAAGAAGUUAGGAAAAAUGGUUAUGUAGUCAAAUUUUUUCUCACAAGAAAAUAAAAGCAUUGACAACAACAAAAAAUGGUUGGUAAGGGCUCUAGUGGCUUGCCCAUUGAUAUGGGUGUAAAUGCUGGGACAAAGGAACGCCCAGUUUUUAUACCACCAAGAAGACGUCAACAAACAAAAACAGAUCCCAAAAAGACAAACUAUGUGGAUCAUAUAGUCAAUGUGCAGGCACAAAAUCGUCCCAAAUUAUCGCCAUCAAAUCCAGGACUCGAAGAAGAGUUACUCAAAUCGAAAUUGAUUAUUAAAAAUAAACAGCCACUGCCCCAGUUGCCCGGUGAAUUGGGUGUUCCUGGCCAUGGCCAGGACACACUGGCUAGCACUCAUUCGGCCAGUUCUACACAGCAUAGCCAGAAGUCGGCACGUUCUACAACAAACAUCAAUGCAGAGCUCCAGAACUUUGAAUCGAGGUCAACUUCUCAACGUCACGGUGAGAGCAGCACAGUGACUCCAAGUAGUUGUUGCUAUUCGGAGAGUAGCCUAAGCAAAUCACAGGAUUGUCUCAGCAAUAGAUCAUCGUCAAAGAAGCGUGUUAACAUACGGACCAGUGAUCUACCCGUACGAAAUGGAGCACAGCGUUCUUCGCCAGAUAUAGCAAACUAUGAGGAUCUGGAAUCGGGGGAGACCAGCGUUCUUAACACCUAUGACCAGAGUCUGGAACGCUAUCAGUCACGCAAGGCAGCCGAUGGUGGCAAUUAUCUGACCAUGACCGGCACCAUAAAGAGAGGACGUAAGAAGGGACAAUCCAUUGAUCUACAGAUCAAUAUUAGCCGCGAGGAACUGGAGCAGUUGAAUGCCCAUGCCAUGGCCAAUGAAUCGCAAAAACAACGUAAUCUCUGCUGCACCUGCAGUUGUGGCAUUGGGCUACACAUCUUUCUCAUUUCACUCAUUUGCUUGCCCUUCGUAACGGUUAUAUCGUCGGUAUAUUCCUUUUAUAUAGGUACUCUCACCUGGUAUAAUAUGUUUAACUAUUAUUGCGAAGAGAAAUCAUAUUUCCAUAAGAUUUUCGUAACACCUCUACUUUUCAUGGCCUAUCCCCUGGUCAUAGUGUUGUGCACCUUUGGCCUGGGUCUCUAUUCCGGCUUCAAGCAGUUGAGUCUGCAAUAUAGCAGCUGGGUAAACGACAUCACUGACAUUGAGAAGGGCUUCUACGGCUGGCUAUGUGGUUUCCUUCGCAUGCCCGACUGCAGCCCCUAUGAGGUAGUCAUAUUGACCGAUAUUUGUGUGGCUCCGCAGGAUCCGCAGCGUUUGCAUAUAAAUAAGCCCCGACAGGAGUUGUCCAUGUAAUUAACAGACAGUAAAUCGGUUCUGAUUCAACCAUAUGUGUGAUAAAAACCAAAAAACCAAAAAACCAAAAAAAAAGAAUAAUACGAAAAUCGUAAUUCCAGUAUAUCUAUGAAAUAUAUAUUGUAUGUACUUACAUACACUCGUACUACUAACUCAAAGUUCAACUCAUUAAGUUUCCUUUCACCAAAGAUUUGUUCCUUUCUUUAAGCAACUCCAUAUAUUUAACUAACACAUCUACUUAACUAUAUGAAAAUUUCAGCUUUAGAAAACAAGUAAAACUAGAUAUUAAGUGGUCAACAUAAUCCAAACUUGAAUUAGCAUUUAAGAUCAUAUCAAAAGUAAAAUAUAGAUGGAUUUCGAUUUCUC